CAUCGGACGCUGGUGGACCAACACGGCGGCUGUUCUGCUGUAACUCUCCCGUUUCUCCUGCUGAGGAAACUAAACUUGUUUUUCAGUGACACAGACGCUUCGCCUCUGGUUUUGCCGCUCUCCCGUGUUCACCCAGAGUUGCCUGGAAUAUAACCUCAAAACUUCCCCGUCGCCCGGACCGCGAAGAAAGGUUGAUCCAACUGUAAGAUGAAACCUGAGCUGGAAGACCAGAAUGGCUGCCCACAUUAAACACCUGGAAUUAUACUUGCUUUGACAACAUCUCCUACAAUAGCCAAAAAACUCUGGAAGGAACUCUCCUGAACACCUACGCAACCUAGUUUGAUUUCUGUCUGUGGAUUGUAAGUAAUAGACUGCCAUCAUGCCUAUUCUCAAGCAGCUGGUGAACAACUCUAACCAAUCGAAGCGGCGAUCUCGGGCUGACCUGACUGCGGAGAUGAUCAGCGCUCCUUUGGGGGACUUCCGCCACACCAUGCACGUGGGAAGAGGAGGUGAUGCCUUUGGGGACACUUCAUUUCUUAGCACCCGAUCGGGGGAACCUCCCAGGGAGCCAGAUACAAAGCAAGGCUCCCCAGGCUCCAAACCUGGGCUGCUGUCCCGCACCUUCAGAAGCAGCAAGCGCUCUCAGUCAGUAAACCGGGGGGACAAGUAUGAGUACAAUGUGAUGGCGCCAUCUGGUGGCUCAUCCAACUUUGUGAAAAACGCCAUAUCGCUGCCUUACUUAAACGAUGAGGAUACUAACAGAAGCAACCAGCUUCCAAAGAGUGUUUCCUCCAGCCCCAUGAAAAAGCUGACAGAGAUCGAAAGCAAGCCGAUUAACGGAGCAGCAGCGAUGGCGACGCUUGAUGCAGAGUUUGAUGAGCGCAAUUUCGGUGAACUCACAGAUUUGCCUCCAUCCAUGCCUAAAGGAGGUGGGAUGAAGCACGCAGAGUCUAUGAUGUCCUUCCACAUUGACUUGGGGCCCUCCAUGCUCGGGGAUAUUUUGAGCGUGAUGGAAAAGAAAGGCUGGGAGGACGACGAUCUUGGCUAUGAGGAAGGCAAGAGUAGCGAGGGCCGUGCGUCACCCUCCUUUAUACCCCACAUAGAUGAUGAUGAUGCGGAGGAGCGGGCCCCUACAAGGCCACCUCGCAGCAUGCACCAGCAGAGGGCCCUGGUGGAUCCCUACACUCCAGAGUUACACACCAGGAACAACCACCACAACCUGGAUAGCUGUUCUGUGUCCAGCUCCGGCUCGGUCACCGAGGAGAAACCUCAGUACCACCUCCAUGACGGUGAUACGGACAGUGCAAAGUACAGUUCACCACGAGGGGAGGAUGACAGAGAUUUCACCUUCAUGGAUGAGGACGAUGAUGAGAUUCGUGUGUAGACGAAUCUGUUUUGGCCAAACGGUCUUCUCCAAGGACACUCAUGGAUAAGACCAGGUGUUGGGAGGCUAUCACAAGCUGGGAAAGGCAGGGGAAGGAUGUAGAGGCAGGGCCACAUCUGCUUUAAGCUUCUUGUAGACCAAUCUAAUCUCUGUACACUUUGUCAACAUCAUAUAUAAAACCAAUUAAGCCUUAUUCACUGUGCUGUAGCAAGGAGAGGUGAGCUGAUUGUGUGCUCGAGUGCAGACAGACUGGCUCAGAAAGUUGCACUCUUCGGGUUCGGGUUUGCUGACUGUUGCAGUUUUUUGCAACAUCAAACUCUGAACUCAUUAUUAUUGAGAAAUUCUCUGAUUUAAAAAAAAAAAAAAUUACUGGCGCCUGUUUCCCUCUCAAAGGUGCAUUAGCAAAGAGGAAAAAUCAGCAAGCCACUGGUUAUGAAGAAGGGUGACGAUGAGGGUAGAGAAGUAUGCUCCCAGCUGUAAAUCACAUGAAUAUCACAUUGGGUAAGUGGUGAUGUGUGAGGUGAGCAGAAGAACAUGCGGGGGUCACAAACCUCAUGUGGAUGCGUACUACAGAUUAUGAGGAAGGAAGUGGGAAAGGACAAGAAGUGAAACUCAGAUAGCUUUGUAAUCCCUGCAUGUGGGAGUGAAGCUUCAUUUGCCAAUAAGAAUGUUUUGGUAUAGACACUAAAUAGAUAAAGUGGUUAUCACUUUAGUCCACUUCUGACUUAAUGGGGUGAUUUCUGCUAUUUUUUUACUAUAUUUUACGUACAUAUAGUAUCUGGAAGUUGGUCUGCAGUAGCCUGUUGUAUUGAGUUGAGUUAGUUUAUCAUUUUGCGGCUGUCUCUCUUUGGCAAAGUCUUCAUUCUUUAAAUUCACAAACAGCUGUGGUAUUUAUUCAUUAAUUUUCAUAAGGGAUGGAUCAUUCUUAAUGUGCACUGCUAGGUCUUAAAGGUUAUGAUUUGGGGUUUUUCUGAUAAGUUUAAUUUCUUACAAAAACCUACUGGUACCACAGAGGGAGCCAGCUUGUUUGCGUAGACUACAUGGCACUUAAUUAUUGGACUAAAGUAGACACAAACCUGUCUACGUCACUCCUGCUAUCACUAUCAUGGUAAGGCUAAGUUAGUUAAUAAUAACUUGUAUUUUACAGAAUCACUCGCUGUAAGUGUCUGCUUUUUAUUUUUUUUUAAAAUGUGAAUUGUCAGAAAAGAGGCCUUUUGUAUGUGUUCUGUGUCCUGUGUUAAAACAGGACAAAGGUGGUGAUUGUGGCAAAUUAUGUGUAUGUCUAUGUCGUCACAACUCAUUCCACAUCAUUACUGAGGUUGGUAGGAUCAGCAGGUCAGCAGAGAGACGUAGGAAAUGUUUGAAAGGGAGUUGCUGCUGUAGAAAAAUGAUUAUAUCAUAAUUAAUAGUUACGGCUCCAUCGGAAACAUCUCGUUUCACUAGACGCGUCUGGGCUUGCCUACUAAGGGCAGAGAAAGGAUGCAAAAACAUCUACAAAGUGUUAUUAGAGCACAGCUACUUACCAGACGGGCAUCAGGUAUGUCUCGGGGCAGUGAGAGUGGAAGAUAUUUCCUGAACUGACCACACAAGUGAUAAUACCCACCUCCUCUAAACAACCCAAAUCACAAAGUAGGAACAGAUAAUUAAAUCAACCAAUCAUCUGGCCUCUCCCAGUCUACUCAUUAAAUGUGCAGCAUUAUUGGCCCCCAACCAGCUGGAAUUUCUCCAAGAACAGCAAGGUCAGGAACAGACAGGUGGGCUGCUUUUUUUUUUUUUUUUUUUUUUUAUGUGUAGUUGGUUUUACAAUGCAGGCUCACUCAGUUGUCUCCUCCAGGUUACUUUCAGUUAUAAAUUAGGCAGAAAGAGGUGUACUUUCCUUUCAGGUAUUCAUGAUUAAUGUCUGACCUUUUUUAUUUUUCGUUAGAAAACUAAUUGCCGCAUUUGACAAAUGGGAGCUUUGAAUUUCCUGUUGUGGCACUGACACAGGGGUGUGUAGAAUCAGGAUGCCGUGCCAUUCUGCCUCGGGCUAUUGUAAUGUUCUGGAACCCUGUCUACAUGAACAGGUCGUAAGAAGUUUUGAAAUGAAAUCUGGAGGAGAUUGCCAAGUAUGUUUUAACCAUGUUAUUGGAUAAUGUUAGCAGAUGUUGGAUUUUGUUUAUUUUUUAUUUCUGUGUAGAUAUGCAGUAUGAUUUGAGUCAGAUCGCUUUCACAUUUUGAUGUAAAUGGGCCAAAUUUAAAGCUGUCUUACUUCUUUUGCUCUGUUGUGACAUAUGUGGUUUAUGAGUGUUUGGGCAGCUGCAAUCCCUCUCCAAGAAGUGGACACUGUAAAAGAAAGAACAAAAACACUCCUUAUCUACCAUCAUUUUAAUAAAGCAAUGUAAAUAUAAUUUGUGCCAUUGAUGAUUACAGUAAACAAUCUUUGUUAUCAUCAGUGUGACUGUGGUACUAGUGUGGGAACCAGAAGAAUGUUAGUGACUUAAACACUAAACAGCACAUUUGUGGCCAAAUUAUAUUUACAAGUCUUCAAAUCUUUCACCUAUCUGGGUUACCAGAUUGGUGGAGUUAGAAUCUGAAAGAGUUAAAUAGAGAAUUAUGAUAAAGUGAACUAAAUUACUCUGAAAUAUUUUCUUGUAAUUGUCUGAACUUUCUGGCAUUUGCUGUGGUUUCUCUGUGGGAAACUCCUAAGUAGGACAGAAUAAACCAUAUAAAGGAAUUUGCAAAUACUUUCUGCCCCAGGUCUGCUUAAAAGUUUUCCAUGCCCCGACAGCUGCGGUUUGGUGAGUGGCAAAAAAAGAUAAGGACUGCGAAAAACAACUGGCUCAAACUUCAGCUGUAGAAUGUUUUUUUUUUCUAUUCAGUGGCUGUAGUGUUAUGCCAAAUAUGUACUGUUUUCUCUUUCUAUUCCUUAUUCUGGUUUUACAGUAUAUUAAUAUAUUUACCUUUCUCACUUUCCUUUCUUUGAAAUAACAGGUAUAUUUUUCAAUAAAAGAGAAAGCUGGUAAU